GAAAAAAACGAAAAGAUAUUAAUACUAUUGAUGAUGCUGUGAAACUUUUACAAGAAUGCAAAAAAAUAAUGGUCUUGACUGGAGCUGGGCUUUGUAUCUAUGUACCAGAUCAUGAAAAGUCGAUCAUUUUUUGCCUCUGUUGUUCAUACACAGAGGGCGUGACGCCAUUCAGAAAAGAUGAGUGAUUCAAAUCAGCUUGUCAGAAAAGCACUCUUCUAUUGCCGAAUCUUGCUGUUUCAAUGAUUGCUAUCAUUCACCUGUUUCUCCUCCUCUUCCCACAGUAUUUUGGGGUAGUCUGAGACAAUAAAUUUUAGUCUUUAUUGACUACUACAAUGCUUUGAUAAACAAUGUUUGUUUAUCAAUGUUUGUUUAUCAAAAGGGGUUUAUUCAUCAAAAGUAAGAAUCUAUUCUGUUACUGUGUUAACAUGUUAAAAAAACCAAAAAAACCCAGCCACCUUGUCCAAGCCGAAGUUUGCAGAUCAAUGAACACUUACUAAUCAAAUUUAAUGCAACAGUAUUUUAAAUUUUUGUUCACUUCUCACAAAAAUUCCAGUAGUAAACAUAAGGCCUGGUGUCCUAUUACUGCCUGUACAGAUUGUACUAAAGGAUUUUUUUGUCCAGUUGUCAAACUUUGUUUCUGUGCUGUUUCUCCUGCUUGUGAUUUGGGAAUUGUUACAUUGGUCCACAAAAAGGGGAAGGGGAAAAAAAAAAAGGGAAAAAAAAAAAAGAAAAAUAAAUAUAGAGAACCCAGACCCAGACUGGUUUUGUUCUUAAUGUCUCUGAGCACUGUGAGCAUACAGAAGUGUGGUUUCCCAAAUAGUUUAUAUCAUAGCAACUCUAUAGCCAAAUAUGUAGUUUCGCUUAUUUCAGAUUGCAAAAAUAUAUUUCAGGUGUCUGUGUCUUGUGGAAUACCUGACUUCAGAUCAAGAGAUGGCAUCUAUGCACGCCUUGCUGUAGACUUCCCAGACCUUCCAGAUCCUCAAGCAAUGUUUGAUAUAGAAUACUUCAGAAAGGAUCCCAGGCCAUUUUUUAAGUUUGCAAAGGAAAUCUACCCAGGACAAUUCCAGCCAUCUCUCUGUCACAAGUUUAUAGCUUUGAUGGAUAAAGAAGGAAAACUACUUCGCAACUAUACUCAGAACAUAGACACAUUGGAACAGGUUGCAGGAAUUCAAAGGAUAAUACAGUGUCAUGGUUCCUUUGCAACAGCUUCCUGCCUGAUCUGUAAAUACAAAGUUGAUUGUGAAGUUGUUCGAGGAGAUAUUUUCAAUCAGGUUGUACCUAGAUGUCCCAGAUGUCCACCUGAUGAACCGCUCGCUAUCAUGAAGCCAGACAUAGUGUUCUUUGGAGAGAACUUACCCGAGCAGUUCCAUCGCGCCAUGAAAUACGACAAAAAUGAAGUUGAUCUCCUUAUUGUCAUUGGGUCUUCACUGAAAGUAAGACCAGUAGCAUUGAUUCCAAGUUCCAUCCCCCACGAAGUGCCUCAGAUCUUAAUUAAUAGGGAGCCUUUGCCUCAUCUACACUUUGACGUGGAGCUUCUUGGAGACUGUGAUGUUAUUAUUAAUGAAUUAUGUCAAAGGCUAGGUAGCGAAUAUACAAAACUUUGCUACAACUCGGUAAAACUUUCAGAAAUAACAGAAAAGCCUCCACGAACGCACAAGGAGCUCGAAAUGCACUCUUCCGAGCUACCGCCUACCCCUUUAAACAUUUCAGAAGGCUCUAGUUCACCAGAAAGAAUGACUCCACCAGAUACUUCAGUGGUGUCUUCAGAACACCCAGCUGAAUGUAAGGUAGAAAACUGUGAUCCUGCCUCAGAAACUAAAGGGACCUGUGCAGAGGAAAAGCUUCAGGACACACAGACAUCGUCAGAAAACCCUGAAAAUCCUGCUAGUGAACUAAUGAACUCUGAAACAAUGAAGGAAAAUGGAUCUAACAACGGAGAAAACAAAGAAAAAAAUGAGAUAUUGAGGAAGUGCUGGGUAAACAGAUCUGCAAAAGAACAGAUUAGCAAAAGGCUGGAUGGUACUCAGUAUCUAUUUUUACCACCAAAUCGCUAUAUUUUCCACGGUGCUGAGGUAUACUCAGAUUCUGAAGAUGAUAUCAUAUCUUCUAGUUCCUGCGGGAGUAGUAGCGAAAGCGGCUCAUGUCGUAGUCAGAGCUUAGAUGUGGAGGAUGAGAGUGAGAUCGAAGAGUUUUACAAUGGCAUAGAGGAUGAGGAUGCUCCUGAAAGGGAAGAGGAACCUGGAUUCGGGGAAGACGGAGUUGAACAAGAUGAAUUGGCAGCUGAUGAAUCAGCUUAUACAAACGAAGCUGCAGGGACUGAUCAUCCGAGCAACAAGCUGUAAAGUGAUCACUGACUGGUUACAGGAACUUUCCACCAGCAUUAGGAGCUUUGGCAUGUCAGAAUGAAUGUUUACGUCUGAAUUUAGAGCAACAAAACCAGAAGGAUGUAGUGUUUAUAAAUAACUAAAACAGAUUUUCAUGCUUAGUUUUUUACCUUUUUCAAUAAAAUUCUAUUACUGCGCACUCAACACUAACUCAUCUUUUUUUUUUAAGGUACUAGGAGUAUCUAAACAAUUGUCACUAUGUUCACUUUUAAGUUCAUCUGUCUGAUCAGGCAUCCAUGUAUAUAAUACAUAUUUUUGCUUAAUGAAUUUCAGCUUAUAUUAUUUUUAAACAGUUUUGAAAAAGCCAUUGGAAUGUUAAACUAAUAUAAAGGGAACAGCUAAUUUAGACCAAAGAAUGGUAUUUUCACACCUCCUGCUUUGUAACAGUUUGGUUUAUUUAAAACUUUCUUAUGCUUCUGCUAAACCUUUCAUUCUCACCUAGUCUGUCAUUAAACACUGGCAUUUUCCAAGACCUACUGUGGCAGCUAAUUUUUUGCUUUAACAGUUUCUUUGUAUGUUUGAGACAUACUUAAAUGUGAGUAGGUAGUUAAAUGGAAACAAGACAGUGAGCACUUGAGAAAUCCUAUGGUAUUCUAUGGUCCUAUGAUCAAGAAGCGCUGUGAAAACGCUUGGGUUACCGAGUUUCAUACUUCCUGUGGAUAUGAAGCGAUGUUGACAUUGGCUCCUUUGCAAUUACAAUACCGGCAUUUUAAACAAAAUGGAUCCCCCCCAGUAGAAGUUUUUCACGUUCCAUACAGAAGUCAAACAUAGCGCAGCUUGCAUUAAAAAUAGCAGUUGAUAAAUUGCCAGGGCUCUAAUGUGGAAGCUAGGCUGAGUUCAGAAUAGCAUUUCUACUGGCACGCAAGAAGGCACAAAAAGAUGAGCUCUUCCUUUAUACUUAUCGAUGCAACAAAACCAGGAGCAACUAACUCGGAUAGCGAGAGCCUCUGCUUACGCUGCUGCGUGGAUAAAACACAAAUUCAUAACCUAACCAUGCAGGACGCUGUUCUGAGGUCACAUCUCGGGUUGGGAAAAUAAUCUUCCACCUGCUAGCUCCACCUUGCAUAUUAAAAGCAAAGCAGCUACUCAAAUUAUUACAUCAUAGAUUCAAGUGCUAGGCUGCCUUAAAACUGGACAUUGCAACUUUUCAAGUGCAGAUUGUUUCCAAGCCUUUAGAACUAUUUUGUAAAAUUGCACAGUGCAGUAGUAAGUGAAACAGCAUUUUUCUAUAAACCACUUUUUCAACAUUGGCCCAAAUGAACUCUACGAUGUAGAUUAUUCAUAUUCUUUGCUUUAAUAUUUAUUACAUUUUGGAAGAUGUAUAGUCGCUGUUCUUUGAACAUAAGACACAUCAGUUAAUAAAUAUUUAAGAACAGCCUCCUGUAUUCAUCAGAAAAUGUUGGCAUGUUGUCUCAUUGUCCAAGUUUAAUACAGCUCUUAUUUGGCUACACUAAAGAAUGCAAUAUGUUUAGUUUUCACUUGCAUGUCACAAUGUAUUAGUUUGUGCUAUAGGAGAUAUUUUAAAUUGAAAUACUUUGUUUUAAAUUAUUUUUACAGUGAGGAUUGUUUUCUGCUCUUUUAUAUUGUAUAUAGUGUCUUUUAUGUAAUCUACUGGCAUAUGUUUUGUAGAAGACUGUUUAAAAUGACUGGCUAUCUUCCUGCAACUUUUGAAAUACAAAACCAGUGUUUUAUACUCGUACACUCUGUUCUAAAGUCUAUUAAAAUUGUCAUUUGA